AUGUAUCUCGAUCCAGACCGCAUUCCUGCGAAGUCAACUCCAGCCGCUGCCACUGAUAUAGAGCUCGUCUACAGGUCACUUCUCGCGAUUGUUGCAAGUUUGGAUUAUAUCGAUGGUUCUGGUAUUGGCUCAGCAGUUUUGAAACAGCAAUAUCUUAUUUCCGCCUGGAACCGUGUCACUCCCUGGCUUAUCUUCUUUCAUGACCAAUUCAUCAUGUGCAGAGCCAACUAUCGACCCGUCGACAAGAUGGCUGCCAUCAGACUUGUUGCUACCUUACUAUUUUAUGUUUCGACCAUUGGUGACAAGCGCGGCGGAACCACAUUGCUUACUACUCCUGCCCUUUAUCGCCCGAUCGCAGAGUUGUGGUUGUUAGCCUUGAAAACCAAAGACAAAGAUGUAGUGUGCCUGUCAUCGCCAUCCGGCCCCGCUCGCACCACUUCUUUUCGAGUUUGCGGCUCCUUUUUGGUUUCAGUAUGCGUUUACGACAAAUCCUUUAUGACCAUACUACUCGAAUUGUCAGGUGGCAUUGACGCCGUCACUUCUGCAGCUCUGAAUUAUGUCAAGAGCUUACGAUCGAUGGCUAAGGACCCUGACAUAGUCUCCAAUGCUUUCAAGCUCGAGCUGCUUGUACCAGUGUUUUCGUGCUGUAUUGGAAUUAUUGCAACGAUGAGCAUGCUCGAUGCGGCAAUACGGGAAGCAUACGUCCUUCGGCAGUCCGUCAAAGAAAUUUUCUGGGCUCUCCGUGUUCUUCAGUCUCUUCCUCUGGAUAGAGAGCAUAUGGCGGAGGCCCUUGCCCCAAGUUUUACGUACCUGGACUUUCUCCUUAAACGUGGCGACGACCCUGUAUCAGCACUCCAUCAAGCUCUUUGCGCGCACGCCUUCGAAACAAUAGUACAUAUAAGUCCUUCCGGACCCCUGGAGGUGAAGAUAGUGGAGACGGAUCCUCGUAGGAUCAAUGAGGCUUUUUUUAGGAUCUUAUUCAGAUACAGUCUUGACGACAAAAUCUUGUCCUACGUCUGUAAACAUGUGGACGCCUGGUCUAAUAAUCUCGGACCAAUUGUGAGACAGGACGAACGCCUCUUGGAUCUGUGGUCCAAAGUAGAGCAGACCCUUCGAUUAUAUGGGACACUUAGGUCCAAGGCAGAAACGAUAUGGUGGCCAUCACCGAGUGAAAGGAGCUGGGUUCUACAGUGUUACUGCGGUGGUCCCGCAGAAGACAUUCGCUUCAGGCAAUGUGCGGGAUGUCAGGUUGUACAGUAUUGCUCAAAGCGAUGCCAGCGUGAUUCCUGGCACAGUCAUCAUAGGUUGAGCUGUAAUAUUUUAAAGGCAGCUGUCGGGUCAUCGACACCGCACCGCAUGAAACGUAGUCUGCGUCUGCUAGCCGCUCUAGAAGUGGCCCAUAUGCAACGCAAGUGGGACAAUAUUUGGAAAUUGGCCACCGCUGCGCAGUGCGAAUAUCCGAAAGAUCGAGAACGACUUGUGCUCGAGCUCGGUCUUGAUAAGAACGACGAAUCGGUUCGACCUCUUCGAGACUACCUCUUCCUGUUCAAUGGGCUCUCUGAAAACGAGGUCUUGGAACGCAUAUCAUCGGCUCCGAGGGCCCAACAUGAAGGACUAUUCCUUUCAGUUCAAUCUUCUGGCCUCACUGCUGCACAGCCUGCCAAGGGUGGAUCCAACUCCAAGCGCAAGGUCGCAGACACUUUGGAAUCUACCACCAGAAAAUUUAAGGUCAAUCCUGACGAGCCAGAUGUGACUGUCCAGACGGGUCUGUACACUGUUGAAAUGUUUGCGGCCAAUCUUGCCAUCAAAUAUCUGAUCAAUUUCAUCAUUGUUGACAAUGUGAUCUGGACCUGGUAUUAUGAUCGCCAGGGCACUGUUCAAAGCUUGGGCAUUCAAGAUCUCCUGUGA